AUGUACGGAGGCCAUAUCACUGGUUCUAGUACUCCGUACUCCGUAGGUACAGGACUAAUCCUGCUCUGUACCGCACCGCACCAGUCCCUACCUCCCUACUACCUAUUAUCCAACCAUCCAACUUCCAACCAUCAACCACCAUUUGCCAACAAUCCCAGCGCCUCCCGACGAGCAACCUCACAGGCUUCGCUGCUGGUCGACAUCACCAGCGUCCUCCAGCCAUCGAAGGUCCCCCAGGCCGCUGUCCUUAGGGACGUCGCCUUGCUCACUCGCGUGCCCACCCAAGGGCCUUUCUCUCUGACGAGACCAUCCUCCGCCGCUGUCAAAGUCGACCACCACGAGCAGUCACUCCUCCUGCUCCCCUCCUCCCCCCUCCCUCCCUCCUCUUCCCUCUCCCCAUCGUCUCGUCCGAAUCCGACUUCGUCCUCUCUCCGACCGACAAGUCUCCCUCCCUCCCCCCCCUCUGGCGCGCGCGCGGUCUGCGCUACGCAACCGCCACAUCUCCUGCAUCGCUGGAUUCGUCGGCUUUCCUUCGACUGCCUCGCGCGUCUGUCGGCGAAUGCCCUCCUCUCCCAGUCUCUGUACAGCGUUGCUUUCAUCAUCACGCAUCGGGCUCCGACCUUCUGUGUUCUGCCCCAUCGCCUCCGCCGAGAGUUGCUGUCGAUGACACGGGGAGUCGAACCUCGUCCCACAGAUCCGCCCGCCGUCGUACGAAUCAUCAACGACCCUCCGUUCGCCCCUAGACUUCGAAUCCCGCCCGGUUACCUUGACGUCUUGUGA